CACACACACAACAAGCAAGCAAGCAAGACGCAACUCAGUUUCAAAAGUGACCGUUUGAAGUUUCUUUGCUUUGAUUUUUGUUUAGUGUUUUAGUUUUGAUUAAGAGAAAAGCAGAAUAAAUAUUAAUUAUUUGUAAUGGUUUAUUAUCUAAAGCGUCUAUUGAGUUGAAAUUGCAGUGUGAUUUCUUUAUGCUUAGUUAGUUGUAAUGGAUUUUGUGUUGAUCUGAACUCACAAAGAGCUGAACUAUUCAAACAGUUACAGGUUGAAAGUCCUUGGAUAAUAUAGAAAAAUGGAGGCUCCUGAUUUGAAAGAAAGGGAAUUCGCGCAACAACUGAAGCAAUGUACUGGAAACGAAGAGCUGGAUGUGAUUCUAAAUUACAUCAACUGGCUGGAAGUAAAUUGUCCGCAAAAAGCUGUCGAUGGCGAAGUGAUGAAAAUUCUAAGCAACACGUUGACUAAAUUCAACGAGACUCAAUACACGAACGAUACGCGCUACAUUGGACUGCUUGUCAAAUAUAUGCAAGUCCAGCCAAACGCUGUGGAGCUAUUCCAGCUAGCGUUCAACCAGGGCAAGGGAGUGGAAUGCGCAGUACUGUACUGCGCAUGGGCAAACCACCUGGCUCGCAUCAAGAAUGUCAGAGGAGCCAAUCAGAUCUACCAACUGGGAAGCGAGAAAAACGCCAAACCGACCGAACAGCUGCAGUUGGCAUACCUUUUAUUCCAAAUGAACGUAGGCAGAAACUUUCUAGGCAUGAGUGAGUUGGAAGCGUUUGGCAGUGACGUCAUUGAUGCAUUUAUGACCGUUUAUCCGCCACCGCAACGCCUGCCUCAGCCGCAGCAGAACUGUUCCAUGCAGCCGAAGAUGGACGACCAAGAAUGGCCGGUAGCUGUAUUCGACCCCGAGAACCCUUCUGUGUUGUGCUGCUAUCCCAAGAAAGAGAUUUAUAACAUAAAAAACCACGAAUUCCAGUAUGAGGAGAUUUUGGCACUAAGACACGAGAGAAAAUUGCAAAACCCAGCAGUUAAAGAACAAAAUGGCGCUGCUUCUAUUCCUGCUUGCAAAAAGGAUGACGAAGAAUUGAAAUGCGCUGUGGCUCUGUUUGAACCGGACAAUCCCAGAGUUGUGAAAUGUUAUCCAUUCAAAGAGGUAUACGCCAUUGAAAAUAACGAAUUUCAACUGGAGGAGGUGUAUGCAGCUAGAUAUGAAAAGAAACUGCAGGAAAAAAUGAAAACUAAUCUAAAAGAAAAACGCAAAACCUUGCUUCCCAACGAACUUGCGGAUUUGACCAGGAACAGCUUCAUGAUACAGGAUGCUGAGCAACAAGAAGCAAUAAAAACCAAGGCUGCUGGUAAACAAGCAAUGUUACUGCAGCCCUCAAAGCUUGAAAAGCAUGGAAAUGAUUCUGCAUCUAAUGAAUGGAGCAGAAACAGCCAGAAUGCAGACGUAACUCCACACUCUAUGGGAUCAGCGCCGAGUGGUGGAUUCGCGAACCAAUCUCACAUGAACCAGUCGGUGACGAGGGAGGUGAUGAACAUGGUACAAGACAUGUGGAAAAGCCCUUCUCCAGUUGCAGCAAAAAUGCAACCACCCCCUGCCAUGGCUUCAAUUCGCAAAAGCAGCGUGCAUCCGACAACUGCAACGAAAACGCCGUUCAAACUGUACACCGACCAGAUGGACGUCGAUGGAACCCCCGCCAAUGCCAACAAGGAGAACCCCCUCUGCGCCCCUGGACAGGAGAACAAGGAGAACCCCUUCUGCCCCCCUGGACAGGAGUCAGCUGCUCGCAGGAGUCUGCACCCCACCACUAAGACACCCUUCAAGUUGUACACCGAUCAGAUGGAUGUCGAUGGCACCCCGCAGGCAAAGGCUGAUAGUCAACCACCAGUGAAACAAGCCUUCCCUUCUGCCAGAUUUCAAAGGAACCAGUUUGUUGCUAACGAUUGGACUAAAAACCCGCAGAUGGAUGAAAAUGCACAAUCCAUGGCCUCUGCAGUCAGACCUUCAUGUGAGAAUCAGGGCGCUUCUAACAUGAACCAGUCGGUGACUAGAGAGGUGAUGAAUAUCAUCCAAGACAUGUGGAAAGACUCCACUCCUUCGCCAGUCAAGGGCAAACAAGCUGUGAGCACAGCUAAGGCCGGCAGCAUCCCGAUUUACACCGAUGACGACUGUGAUGCGGCCACAACCGCCAAGCGGCAGCCGCAACCGCAAGCCGCAGCCGCAGGCCGCAACCCACCGCUAGCUGUCAACAGCCGCAAGUCGCUGCUGUUUGAUCAGCAGCUCAAGGAGAACCAUUGUCCCCCGCAGAACUUCCGCGUUCCCGCUCCCCGCCAAGGGCUGCGCAUUGGGCAGGAUGAAGUCGAGAUGUUGCCUGAUAGUGAUUUCGCGGACACGACGUGCAAUACCAGGGCCUUCCAACUGGCCCUCCCCUCUUCGACACCCCUCAUCACUCACACAAUGAGGGGCAACCCACACGCACACGCACUCAGCAUGGCUAACCGCGAUUCAAAUAACUGUUCAAUUCUUCUAGCUGAUGGAUCGCAGAAACCAAAUACUGAUCUCAGUAUUAUAAUGGAGGCUUCCAAAGAGAAGUACAGUAGCUCUUCUGGCAGUAGCUCAGGAGUUCGAACACCCUAUACCAUCAACAAACUCCAUCAUGCUGAAGAUAUUAAAGAGGAAACCGAGGAAAGCCAGCUGGAAAAACUCGUGUCUCAAAUCACAAUCGACGACAAUUUCGAUCCAUUUUGUCCCAAUUUUGUGGCCAAUCUCCUCUCCUCCAUCAAUUUUCCUCAAAACCACCAUGCAGCCCAUAUGGUGGGUAUAGACAGGGAUGUGCCGCUUCUUCCCCAUAAUGCUACCGUUACUUUGGGUAACAAGGAAUAUCGCAUAGAAAGCGAACUCGGAGAAGGCUCUUACGCCCGGGUUUUGAGAGCUACCACCAACAAAAAAAUUGUUGGGUUAAAACUUCAGAAACCAGCUUUCGCCUGGGAAUAUUAUAUCGCCAAGGAAAUCCAGACUCGGCUGAAGAGUUCACCAAUUUUGAAGGGGUUCAUGAGUAUCGACUGUGCCUAUAUGUUCAGAAACGCAAGUAUUUUAGAAAUGGACUUUGCGCCGUUUGGAAAUCUUCUAGACGCCAUUAACAAAGUUAAAGCUGCAUCGGGGAAACAAAUUCAUGUCAGCAUAGCUACGUUGCUAUCAAUCCAAUUGUUCGAUAUAGUGGAUCAUUUGCAUAAAUGCAGAAUUAUUCACGGAGAUGUGAAACCUGACAAUUUUGUACUUUUUUCCAUACCGAGCUCAGAUCCUCACAAUAUCUGCAUCAAGUUGAUCGACUUCGGCCGAAGUAUUGACAUGUCCCUACUGCCUGAUGGUGUCGAAUUCAGACGCGUCGUCAAAACUGAGGAUUUCCAGUGCACAGAAAUGAGGGACGGAAAACCGUGGACUUACCAGACUGAUCUAUUUGGUUUGGCCGGUACAACUUAUCUUCUACUGAUGGGAGAAUACAUGAAAGUCACUAAGAGAGGAAAUGAAUGGGUGCUCCAGAAAAAUCUGCACAGAUACCUUCACAGAGAAGUAUGGCUGCCCAUCUAUGAGGAAUUACUGAACGUGGAAUCUUGUUCCAAACUACCAAAUCUAUCGGAAUUGCGCAAAAAACUGCAGAACCUACUUGUAUCCAUGGAUCAGAAAUGGCUUUCGCACUGUUUAAUGUCAUUCGGUAACAUUCUGCAAGGUCGCUAGAGUUAUUCGACAUUUUUUUAGAGUUUGAACAUUUUUCGUUCCAUGAAAGGCCACUACAGUUAUUCGACAUUUUUCUACAGUUUGGACAUUUUUCGUUCAUGCAAAAAUGUUGAGGAUUUUCCUCACUAUAUUCUUCAUAGUUGUACUGUUCUGUCAUGCUAAUACCAGACGGAAAAUAAUUGAAAACGCGAUAAAUAAUGUUAAACUUCAAAUAUGAUAAGAUUAAACUUGAAAUAGAUGAGAGAUUUUCUCAAUAUUUUGAUAGUUGAUGACAGUUUUUCUCAUUGUCGAAAAAUGAUUAAAAUCUCAAUUUAAUU